AUGACAGACGGCUUCCCCGUCGCUCUUGUGGGCCCCUCGUCCAAGGAGAGGAGAUAUGACCGCCAGCUACGACUAUGGGCUGCCAGUGGACAACAAGCCCUGGAGCAGUCUCGAGUGCUCCUCGUCAACUCUGACGGUUUUAUUGACGGCUCCAAUACACCUGUUGGCGGCGUUGCUGGCGUCGAGACACUAAAGAACCUCGUCCUACCAGGUGUGGGCGGCUUCACGAUAGUCGAUCCCGCUGUUGUGAGCGAAACUGAUCUGGGAAUCAACUUUUUCCUUGAAGAGAGCAGCCUGGGCAAGCCACGAGCGCAGGAAACUUGCACUUUCUUGAAGGAGCUUAACCCAGACGUAGAUGGGGACUUUAAGACUGAGCCAAUCUCAGAACUUCUUCAACAUCCUGAUUUUCUUCAAAACUAUAAACUGGUGAUAGUCUCAGGCCCGAUUAAGCGAUCCUCUCUAGACGCCAUUACAUACUCGGCAGAACAAGUCGGCAUUCCUUUGAUCUACGUUCGCUCUGUUGGAUUCUAUUCCUCUUUCUCGUUACAGCUUCCCGUAGAGUUUCCUAUAGUCGAAACUCACCCAGACCCAGAAUCCACACAAGACCUGCGUUUAGUCAAUCCAUGGCCUGAGCUGCAUGCUGCACUUUCGCAAGUUACCGACCUCGAAGCGUUGGACGACCAUGAUCAUGGCCACGUGCCUUAUAUCUUGAUCUUAUUACACUACUUGGAAAAUUGGAAAUCCGAACACGAGGGCAAAGCACCAGAAACUUACAAGGAAAAGACAGCCUUUAGAGAGUUGGUGCGAUCUGGCGCAAGGACAAACACCCCAGAGGGAGGGGAGGAGAACUUUGAUGAAGCCGUGGGUGCAGUACUCAAGUCCAUCAAUCCAUGGUCAUUACGCAGUAACAUUCGAGAGAUCUUUGAAAUGGAACAAUGCACCGAUCUGAACGCCACGUCCGACAACUUCUGGAUUAUUGCUUCCGCGCUAAAGGCGUUCCAUGCCAAAUAUGGCGUCCUUCCCUUGCCCGGAUCCGUUCCGGACAUGAAGGCCAAGUCGGCCGAUUACAUCGCCCUCCAGAACAUAUACAAAACAAAAGCACGCCAAGACGUGGACGAAGUUUUGAGCACCGUUCGUUCCAUCGAGGCGCAGCUGGGAACCCGAACUGUACCCGUGACCGAGAAAGAGGUCGAGGUUUUCAGCAAAAACGCAUCUCACGUCAAGGUGAUUCGCGGGCGUCUGGUACCUCAAAUCUCUGCCAAGGCCGGACAAACGCUCAAAACCAUUCGCAACAGCUUUGGCAACCCUGACUCGGCGAUUGCCAAAUAUGUCGCAUUUGAAGCCUUGGAUAUCAUCGUCGAUGGAAUCCAGAACGGACACCUCCCUUCGACCGCGCUCGAUGACGAUGCUACUUGGAAUGCAACAAUAGAGCGCCUAUUCACUACUAUCGCAGAAGGCGACGACUCGGCAGUCGAGGGAGAAAGCCACGAACGCGUGCUGAAGGCUGCACAGGAAAUACGCCGUACCGAGGGCGGAGAACUACACAAUAUCUCGUCUUUGACGGGAGGAUUGGUUUCGCAAGAAGCACUCAAGGUGCUGACGAGACAAUAUGUGCCGCUAGAUAAUACAUGCAUCUUCGACGGCAUCAGUAGCGGCAGCGAAAUGUUUCGCCUGUGA